AUGGGCUCAGGCAGUGACCAGGACACGGAAGAGGGGGCCUGGGGUGGAAUCGAGGCCACGCCGGCGCACACUGCAGAGGCUGGUCCAUCUAAGUCGCACAUACUGAAACCACCUACUGGAGAAGAGCUCAGGAAGAUCAAGGACGCGUCCGAACUCUUCAGGUCCACCUCAUUCAAGUCGCAGAUCGACGCUAUGCUCCCAAACGUCCGCCCGAAAUACGACAAGUCACAACCGUUGGAUACUCUCCUCUUGUCUAUUCACAAGCUCCUCAUGGAACUGCCUGCCAUCGCACCUCAGCAUCCACUUCAUGCGUCAAGAGCGCUCUCCAAACAGGGCAUCGACGUGCCCUAUGUGCGCCCCCUUCCGACGGAAGAGACCAACUGGAAGGUCUCUUUCGAGAAGCCCUCUGAGAUAAUGUUGGCAGGCAGCUGGAUCACGAAGACUGCCGUAAAGGCCAAGGACUCCGCUCCAUUCACGGUCGAUCUCGCAGUAGAGAUGCCUUCGAAUCUAUUUCAGGAGAAAGACUAUCUCAACAGCCGAGUCUUCCAAAAACGCGCUUACUACCUAGGUGUCGUCGCUUCUGCGAUAGCUAAGGCCAAGUCCACUCUUCGCUGUGAGCUCUUCUAUGAGUCCGUCUCUGGUGACCCGCGCAGGACCUGCCUUGUGCUUCGUCCAGAACCUGACGGCUCGCGUAAAAGUUCGGGCAAGGUCCCUAUACACGUCCGCAUUAUCCCUUUCAUCAGCGAGUCGCCCAUCCCGCUUCAGCGGCUAUCCCCCGCGCGGUCCAAUAUUCGCGCAACCACCCUCAAGGAUGAGUCCAAGGAGGAGCCGACGCCCUUGUACAACACUGCGUAUAUGCUCAUGACCACACCGAGAGCUCACUCGCUUCACAUACACGCUUUGACAAAGAAUGUGCCUUCCUUCGUCGAUGCACUCACACUGCUCCGAGUUUGGGCGAACCAGCGCGGCUACGGUCUAGGGAGCCGCAUGUGUGUACGUGGCUUUGAGGGCAAGGGCAUAUGGUGGGCGUCGAUUUUGGAUCUCAUGGUCAACGGCGAGGAGCCGCCUCCUGCGGGCCUGGGCAAGAGGGGCGCCAGACGCAAGCCUUUGGGGAAGGGUUUGAGCUCGUAUCAGCUCUUUAAGGCCGCCUUAGAUUUCCUCGCGCGACACAACUUUGGCGAGGAGGCUGUAUUCGUAAAGUCGAAGGACGGACAUCGGUUCCCUCCUAGCAGUUAUUCGAGCCAUGAAGCUGUCUUCGUGGAUGCGACGUCGUCGGUCAACCUAUUGGCGGACGUCCCGUUGGCUUCUCUCGAUACGCUAAGAUACGACGCUCAAUCAACCUUGGAGCUUUUGGACCACGCUUCUAUAUCUGAAGACACUUUCGCCCCUUUGUUCUUGCAGGAGCACCGCGACGUAUUCGCACGUUUCGACGUAGUCGCACGAGUGGACCUGUCGUCUGUGGAGGUGCGUACAGUGUCUGCGCAACAUGUUGCCGAUCAUGGCUCGGCCUACAACGCAGCAGUCGCACAACUCGUCUCCACGCUGCGCCAAGGUCUCGGGGAUCGUGCCAAGUCCAUAGCCGUCCUCCAUGCCUCUUCAGACGUCCGGCCGACGUCGCAAGCGCUCCCGACACAGUCAUCUGUUGUGCACGUUGGAAUCAUCCUGGACAGCGAGCAUGCCUUCCGGCUCGUCGACCACGGUCCUCCAGCCGAGGAACAAGAGAGCGAGAGGACAAGACAGUUCCGCGAGUUCUGGGGCGACAAGGCCGAGCUGAGGCGCUUCAAGGACGGCUCAAUCGCGGAGAGCGUCGUGUGGGACGUCAAGAACGCCGACGAGCGCGCCCGCAUUCCCGCCAUGAUCACGCACCAUCUCCUCGCGCGUCAUUUCGGCCUUGGGGCGGACGCUGUACAAACUUGGCAAACCGAAUUCGACACGCUGCUGAAGCUGCCCGAGUCGAUCUCGUCCCUAUACCAGGCUUCGAGCGCGUCGGUCGGCUUCAAGUCCGCGCUCUCGGCGUUCGAUGCGCUCGUCAAGCAUUUCAGGGCGCUCGAUGAGCAGUUUCCCCUCGCGGUGCUCAACGUCAGCCCCGCCUCCCCCGCACUUCGAUACACCGACGUUUUCGUCCCCGCCACACUUGCCAUCGCCUCCCGCUCAGCACUCCCGAAGCCCACUUCGUAUCUCCCCGCCAUGGACAUCAUCAUCGAGUUCGAGAAGUCCGCCCGGUGGCCCGACGACCUGCGGGCGAUCCAGAAGAUGAAGCUCGCGUUCUUCGAGCGCCUCGCCAGCAUCCUCAUGCACGCCGUCAAGGGCCUCCAGGCGACCGUCGUGCUCGGCGCGGGCCCGGCGCGCACGGAGAUCGCGGACGAGGCCGCACUCGACAUCAUCACCGCGGACGGCUGGGCGUUCCGCGCGCGCAUCUGGCACGACCGCGAGGCGACGCUCCUCGACCGCAUCAUCAACGACCAGCCGCACGUCCCCAAGGCCCUGCGCCAGGCGAAGACUGGCGAGGACGCACGCGAGCGCCAGCUUGCUCUGCAUGCGCGCGAGCUGUAUACGCGCCGGUUCAUCCACGCUCCCCGGCAUCACCGCGCGAUCGCGGCGCUCUACCAUCGGUUCCCAGCAUUUUCGAACACCGUCAGGCUGACGAAGCGGUGGCUUGCGGCCCACUGGCUGCUGCGCGGCCAUGUCUCGGAGGAGGCGGUCGAGCUGCUCUGCGCACAGGUGUUCCUGCGCACGGGUCCGCCCUCCGCCGCGGACACCGCCGCUAACACGAAGACGUUCGCCCCGGGUUCGAAGGAGCGCGGCUUCGCGCAGGUCAUCGCGUUCCUGAAAGACUGGGAAUGGGCCGGCGGCCUGGAUAUCUCGCUGGACAACGCGGACCAGACCGCGCGCGACGCCCCGGCCGUUGUGCCCCCUACGACCACCGCGAAGGACGUCGCGUGGGCGCUGCGGACGCCCUUCGACCCGCGCGGGCACAUGUGGACGUCGGCGGGCCCAAACGCCGUCGUCGCACGGCGCAUCACCGCGCUCGCGAAGGCGACGUGGGCGUGCCUACACGCGCUGGAGAGCGGCACCUCCAGCGUGCAGGCCCUCUUCCACCACCCGACGGACCACUACGACUUUGUGAUCGCGCUCAACCCGGCGCUCUCCACGCGCGCCCACCAGAAGCUCGACGCCGACCCGUCCGCAUGGGCGCCGAAGGGCAAGUACGCGAACGCGCGCGUGCAGGACGCCGCCGCGUCCGUCAUGCCCGCCUUCGACCCCGUCGCGAUGUUCUACGACGACCUGUCGCAUGUGUACGCGGACACGGUCCUCCUCUUCCACGACGCCUUUGGGGGCGACCGCAUCGGGGCCGUCUGGCAGCCUGCCCUGCGGAGCGCGCGGCCGUUCCGCGCGCUCGGUGGCUUCUCUAGCACGCCGACACACAAGGAUGCGGCGAAGGGGAAGGACAAGGACAAGGGGCUGGUGGUCCUCAACGAGCGUGCGCUCUUUGCCGAAGUGCAGCGGCUGGGCAGCACCCUCGUUGCGGGGAUCGCACCCCAGGGCACAUCGUAG